UCAAUAUAGAAGCGAUGGAGAAUUCAACGACAAAGACGGAGGGUGUACAUCAGAUUGUUCCUGAGAAUCCUGUCCACAAAAUCUCCUCCAACCUCCACAAGACUGGAGGAUCCUCAGACUCUGAGACUGGCCCAGACCAGGAGACCUCCACCCAGCCUAACCCCACCGCCUCCACCACCCUACCAUCAGACACCCCGCUCCCCCACACCACUACCCAGAGCCCACCCCAAACCACUAAGACCCCUAGACGGCCUCGCUCCACUGCCCAGGGCCUGACCACCUCACCGUCGGCGGGUGCGGUCCCUCCCAAGGGUCCUUCCUUGGGGGUCGGGGAUGGAGACUCGGUCCCUGUGCUCCCUUCUCUACCUCCGGGUCCCAGCCCGCCUCUCCGGCCCCGGCUCCGGCCCAACGCUGCUCCAGACUCCAAUGGAGACCCUGCUUUAUCGCCAUCUAAAGAGCACAGCAGUCCAAACAACCGCUCUUUAGGCCAAGCCGCCGGCCCCGGCCCUGAACCCGGGCCUGCUGGAGCUGUGGCUGGCGUGGCUGCUGCCAGGUCAAGAAGGGAGGAUGUAGGAUCAGAGAGGGACUCAGCUCACAGAACCAGAACAACCAGAACCAUGUCCCAUGUGGUGACAUGAUCCCUGACUUAUCCUGUGACUUGCUGCUCAGUAAUAUGGUCCACCAUGACUUCCGUCAGCUCAACGUUAUUACAAUGUUGUUACAGCAUUACAGUGUUACAGCGUUACAAUGUUACAAUGUGACAACUUUAUUACAACGUUACAACAUUAUUACAACCAUCUGAGGGAUUAUCCUGGACUGGACUCUCAACCGAUUGCUGCAAGAAUAAAUUAACAUGCCAGUGGACUUAGACCAGUAAUGGUUACCUCAUCGAACCAGCAGAGCGAUCUCUAUGCAUUUGCACUGCAUCACUCAGCCCUCUCUGCUUCAGUUAAGAAAUGGAAGAAAAACAAGAAAAUAAAAAGGUGCUGAAACUAAAAUGACUACAAGACAUGUUAAACAAUGUGACGACUGCAUUGGCUGCCAUUACUUCCUAAUCUGUGUACAUGUUAAACAAUGUGACGACUGCAUUGCUACCAUUACUUCCUGAUCUGUGUACAGUUGUGCAAACAUAUUUUGAAAGUGCAUCAGAACUACUUAUUGAACUUAAUAUUGUGAAGAUAUUUUGUGGCACGGACAAAAACCUUUACU